AUGGCUCGACUACACAGGCGUUAUGCUUGGGCUCCAGGCGACGAUGAGGCAAGAUCUGCCUGGGAUGAAUUCAAGCAGACACUAGUGCUUGAAUUCCAGUCUUGGUAUGGUACCGAUAACGACAAUUUGUCGAAAUGGCGAAGCCUUUGCCGUGCAUUACGCAUCUGGCCGAUACCACAGUCCUGUACGGAAUGCCAAAAAGCUGUGAGAGGGCGGCACGUCAACAUGGUUGAUCUCCUUCAGCAGAGACGUAACGGGGAAUACCAGAUCCGAAUAUUUGAGUCAUUGGAUGACCUGCGCGUUAGACACGGAGACCUCCGGUUGGAACAGUGGCUUUUGGACGAAAGGAACGCCCGACUGAGCGAUUUUAAUGGCUCCGGAUUCGAUGCUCAACCUACUCUCGGUCUCAAAAGGAGAUCGGCACGUGGCCUCGAAUGUUCAAGUCACUGGCUACCGCGCCCGGAUGACGUCGAGAGUUCUGAACAAACGGAUCUGUUCGCACUGGGCUCUUCACUUUAUGAGCUCAUAGCUGGUCAAAUGCCCUUUGCGGGUAUCGAUGAUCAUACGAUAGAAACAAGAUACGCACAAGGCAUCUUUCCAAAUACCGAGGGGCUAUUAAUGGCACCCAACCUUGCACCUUCCCAGCAUGAAAUGCUUCAGCAUAUGAUCACCGAUGGAUCACUCGAAGAUGAGGCCAUGGCGGCCAUUGCCAAGUGCAGCAGUCGAACCAUUAGGACCCUACCAGCCAAUCUUCGUCGCUAUGGCAAUACGACUACACCUUACAUCGGCCGAGGCGGACGACCUAGAGCCAUUACUUCUACUAUGUUGACACCACCGCUUGAACUACUUCGAGAUACUGUAAGCUCUACCUACAGCUCGAUGACAUUGUCUUUUUUUGUGAGAUAUUUCUGGGCGCUUGACGACGCCGGCUACAAUAAGCAGGACUCUAAAGCGGGCUGGGUGGUCAAGAAAAGUGGCUCAGCAAGUUGCUAA